AUGGAGCAUCUUGAGCCAGUUGACUAUGAUGAUGGUAGCCGUAUUAUUCGAGAGGGGGACCCACUGGAUAGGAUGCUCUUCAUCACGCAGGGCAUUGCACUUGUUUACAAGACUACUACUACUGGUGGCGAAAGUGGCUCGUCAAGCACUGCAUAUCUUGAGAAAGGUGAUGUUUAUGGAAAAGAACUUAUAGGUUGGGCGGCGACAUCUACCCGACUUUCCGGCUUACCCAUCUCAGGCCAAACUGUCAAGUCCCACGAAAAAGUUGAAGUCUUUGCAAUCAGGGCUGCCAGAUUAAAAAGUAUUGUCUCCGACUUCCCGACGCAUUUCAACAGAGAGGAUAUUACUAUGGUGGAAAUAACUAGUAACUAA